AUGUCUGCGCUCUUGAGAUCAGCCCGGUUACUCAGGUUCUCGCCUUCGGGCUUGCUUCAGCUCACAGCAACCAAAAGAACCGGACCGCCUCUGGGUCGGCUGUACAGCGGGGCUCUCACCGGCACCAGGACCGGAGCUUGUUCCCGUCUCGCCUCUGGAAAUGUGUGCAGUCGUGUGUGGCCGAACGCCGCGGGAUGUGUGCGAACCUACGCCAUCGCCACAGAGCAGAAGGAUGAGGCCAGUGUUGCGGUGCGGUCCAAGCAGGCACAGCAGUUUGAUUGGGCCCUGACAAAGCUGGACAGCUCUGUGAGGAGGACAGGUCGCAUCACCAAGACACUGCUGCUCCGCGUCUUCCAUGAUAUCUGCAGGACAGGUUAUCCCAGUGGUAACCAGGCCUUGCUGCUGCUGCGUAGCUGCGGGUCCCUGCUGCCUGAGGUGCCUCUGGAGGAGCGCACUGAGCUGGCUCACCGUGUCUGGGAGAAGCUGCAGGAUCUGGGUGCACAGUACGAUGUCAGUCACUACAAUGCCAUGCUGAAGGUUUACCUGCAGAACGAUUUCAAGUUCUCACCCACUGACUUCCUGGCCAAGAUGGAAGCAGCUAAUGUUCAGCCCAACAGAGUUACCUACCAGAGACUCAUCGCAGCCUAUUGCCAAAAUGGAGAUAUCGAGGGAGCCAGCACCAUCUUGGGUUUCAUGAAGAGCAGAGAUCUACCCAUCACUGAAGCUGUUUUCAACUCCCUGUUAACAGGCCAUGCUCGUGCAGGCGACAUCACCAGUUCUCAGAACAUCCUGACUGUGAUGCGAGGAGCGGGAAUUGAACCGGGUCCUGACACUUACGUAUCACUGCUUAACGUCUACGCUGAGAAGGGAGACAUGGAUAGUCUGAAAAAGACUCUGGAGGCAGCAGAGAGUGCAGACUGCAGUCUGAUGGACAAGGACAUCAUGCAGGUUAUCUUCACUCUGGCUAAGGCCGGACACCAGCAGCAAGUCCCAGAGAUAGUGGAGCGCUUGAGGCAUGAGAGGGGUUAUAUUCCAGAUGCCAUGAACCUGUGUCUGAGCCUCAUCACCCAGGGCCUGGAGGAUACAGCUUUCCACAUUCUGAAGACUUUUCCAGUGCAGAAUGACGGCAACUCUGACUCCCCCGACCUGGGCAGUUUCUUCCUCAGACACUGUGUCAACAUGGGCACGUCACUGGAGAAGAUCAGCGGCUACUGCAAAGAGCUCCAGGAGGCAAAUCUGCACAGUGCGCCACUCAAGUUCACCCUGUGCUGUGCUCUGGAGGCCAAGAAGACCGGAUUGUCUUUAGAGCUGAUGAAGAUGUUGAAGGAGCAGGACUUACCCAUAAGGCCUCACUACUUCUGGCCCCUCCUCACUCAGCAUGUGAAGGAUAACAACACAGCUGAUGUGGUGGAUGUUGUGAAGGGCAUGCAGGAGCUCGGGGUGAUCCCUGAUGUCGAGACCUUAACCAACUAUAUCCUCCCCGUCUUCCCCAGCAUGGAGGCGGCUCGGAAGGCCCUCCAGGAUGCAGGUGUCUCUCUGGAGUCGGAGGGCUUCUUGUCUUCAGAGAUUCGCUCGGUGGCUGCUACCAACUUGGCAGAACUCUACACCCGACUGUCUGAUUCAUCCUUCCCCCCGCUGGACCUCAUUGUUUUCCGUGGCAGCCUCAUCCUGGGCUUCAGAAGGUCUACUGAUGUGGAGAGCAUGGCUAAGAUUACUGAGCUCUUGUACAAAGAUGAGCGCUUCUCCAGAGAAAACUCCAAGCCUGUUGACACAGCAUCAUUCUUCAUGUACAAUCUGAUCGAUAGUAUGUCGGAAGGAGAGGUUCAGGCUCAGGAAGACAAACUGCGGAAAUACUUCAAUCAACUACAGGCUCAGAACAUAAUUAUUUCAGGAAACAUCUACAGAGGCGUCAGGAACCUGCUGGACUCCUACCACGUCCCAGAGCUCAUCAAGGAUGUGCUUGCCUUGGUGGACCCGAAAGACCCAUUGUUGUCCAAUGGUUCUGCAGCAGCUGUUCCUCGUGCCACUGGAACUAGCAAUACGGCGGAAGAGCUUCAGAAGAGACUGGCCAAACUGAAAGCUGAAAACAAACCAUUUGACAUUAUACUCAAACAAACUAUCAAUGCUUUCUGUGCUGAGGAGAACCUGCAGAGCGCCCUUGAGCUGAAGCAGCAGCACGAGGAUGAGAUGACAGCCGGCGGCUACGCUGCCCUCAUCAACCUGUGCUGUCGCCACGACAAUGUGGAGGAGGCGCUCAGCCUGAAGAGGGAAAUGAGUCGUAAGGACUCAUCUGUGGCGCUGGAUGCCCCUAAAUACCUCGCACUGGUCAAGACCCUCUCAAAGAAUGGCAGAGUGGAGGAAGCGUUGGACAUCCUGAAGGAGAUGAAGGAGAAGGACGUGGUGAUGAGUGACACCAACAUCACCAUGCUCUUCCACACGCUCAACUCCAUAGUGGCCAAGGGCGGAGCCCCUGCAAUCAAACGCCUGCAGGACACCAUCUUCACCCUCGGACUUGCCAAACCCACCGCCAAUCUGUGCUCACCCCUGAUUACUGCAUACCUGGAGAGUAAGGACCUGGCCGGAGCUCUAGAUGCAGCGCUGGAGUGUCAGAAGCUCUACAACCAACUGCCUCGCAUCCACGACAUCAUCGUUGGCCUGGUGGAGAAAGGAGACACUGAACUGCUGCAGAAAGCCAUGGACGUUGUGAGUCAGGAGCGAGGAGAGAUGACCAUGCUGUAUGAUCUGUUCUUCGCCUUCUUGCAGACGGGCCGCUUCCGUGAGGCUCGUAAGAUCAUUGAGACCCCUGGGCUGAGGGCAAGGCCUGGACGCCUGCAGUGGUACGCAGAGAAAUGCAUCGCCAGCAGCCAGAUGGAGGCCUUGGAGCAGAUGGUGGACAUGACCGCCAAACUGUUUGAGUGUGACAGAGAUGAGAUGUACAGUUACGUCCUCCGUUUCUGCAAGGCGACAAACAAUUGGCAGAAGGCCGAGGCAACGUGGACAAAGAUGCAGGAGGAAAACGUUAUUCCCAGGGAGAGGACCCUGCGCUUGCUGGCAGACAUCCUGAAGAAAAAUGGCCAGGAGGUGCCCUUUGAGGUGCCUGAGACCUGGUAUGAACAAGCUGCCACCACAAAGGAGGUCAAACCAGCAGCCACCCCCCCCAAAGUAGAAAGUGGCAAUGACUACCAGGCCCAACUACUGGCCCUCUGUAAGAAAGGGAAAGCUAAAGAAGCCUAUGGCAUGCUGAAGGAAGCUGAUAAAAAGGGUGUGGUACUAGGCCCCGCCCCUUACGACCACCUGGUCCGUGCCCUGUUGGCCGAGGGCUCCAUUGAUGAUGCGAUGGCAGUCAAGGAAAUUGCUGCAUCCCAUGUCCCGGGUUUCGUACUGAGUGAUAUCGCUUCUAGUUUGCUCAUCAUCUCAUACAGCAAGAAAGGCCAGGCAAAAGAGGCUCUUGAGACACUGAAGUCUACGCUGAAGGCGGACCAUGUGCCCUCGCACCUUGCGGUCACCAGACUGGUUCAGGGCCUGGGUAGCUGUGGUGAUGUUGCAGGCAUUCAGGAAGUGGAAGCACUGAUGAAAAGUCUUGGCACGACCCUAAACCUGUCCAGCAUGUUGUUUAUCAACAACACGGCCAUGGCACACAUCAAGACUGGUGACUUGGAAACAGCAGUAGAACAGUUGGAGUCAGUAUAUACCAGUCCAGACAGCACAAAUCCCAGUAUGUCCUUUGUCUUCAGAAAGGUUUUGGAAGAUGACAACGACAAAGCUUUGGACAAGUUGAGUGCCAUGGCAGAGCGGCUGGCCAACCACUUUGCCUGCUACAGACCAGCUUCAGACCUUUUCCUCCAGCUGCUGGAUAUGGACAAAGUCGAAGAUGCCAAGUUCAUGCUGGCUCGCUGUAACGCCUUGGCCGAACAGAAGGUGAUUCUCAUGUCCUACGUGGCUCAAAAGGCUCAGACUCCUGGACAGGUGGGGAAAAUUAAGGCCCUGCUGAGCCUGAUUCCAGACUUCACUGAGAAGGAGCUCCUGUACCCAUAUCUGAUGAAAUGUCACUCUCUGGAUAAGGACUUGCCAUCAGCCAAGGCUCUGUAUGAGCAGAUGCAGAAGCAUGGGUCAGUAGACGAGCUGUCACUCAAACGGCUGGCUGUGCUGUACCGCAAUGCAGGAGAGACGUUGCCCUUCACUGAGCCCCCUGAGUCAUUCAAGUUUUAUGCAGAAAAGCUGAAAGAGAAAGCUGCCAAAACCAAAACAACAGCAGAAGAAUAAAGAUUCAUCCUUCCCUCCUCUCACCUGCAUCCAAAUCCCUCUGUCUUCUUCCUUUGCUUUCUUUUUUUUUAUACCAGUUGUUUGAGCCGAACUGUUGUUGUUUUGUGUUGUAACUUUUGGAUGUUACUCUGUCAACUUGAGCUACUUGAUGAUGUUGAUGAAGAUGAUGAUGAUGAUGAUAAUGAGGAGAAUGUACAGAAGUAUUUAUGCUAAUAAAUGAUGUUAGGAA